GUGUUGAAAGUGGUGCAGACUGGGAAACACCGUACAGUAAGCAACACAUUGACCGUUCGGCUAGCCUAGGUAGCUGAAGAGACUGAUAUUUAUUACGAAAUUGAAUCGUUUGCGGUGAAGAUCUGUACAAGCCAUGCCUCCUAAGAAGACCGCAAAGAGACAGUUGGAUAUCAAGCCAGAGGAAUCUGCAAAGACGGCAAAAAGUCCCAAGAAAGCUAAAGUCUCCCACAGCAGCCAUGGGCAGGAGAAGGGCCUGGUCCUGGUUCUGGGCCAGGGAGAUGUGGGUCAGUUGGGGCUGGGAGAGGAUGUCAUGGAGAGGAAGAAGCCUGCUCUGGUGCCCCUCCCCGAAGGGGUGGUGCAGGUGGCAGCCGGAGGCAUGCACACAGUCUGUGUCAGCGACACGGGCAGCGUCUACACGUUUGGCUGUAACGACGAGGGAGCCCUAGGCCGGGAGACGUCCGAAGAGGGUUCUGAGACGGUGCCGGGGAAGGUGGUGCUGGAGGACAGGGUGGUGCAGGUGUCGGCGGGAGACAGCCACACAGCCGCUCUCACUGAGGACGGCGUCGUGUACCUCUGGGGCUCCUUCAGGGAUAACAGUGGGGUCAUUGGCCUGUUGGAGUCCAUGAAGAGAUGUGCCCUGCCAGUCAAGGUCCCAAUCAAAGAGCCUGUGGUGAAAAUAGUCUCAGGUAACGACCACCUGGUGAUGCUGACGCUGGGGGGAGACCUCUUCACGUCGGGCUGCGGCGAGCAGGGGCAGCUGGGAAGGGUGCCGGAGUUCUUUGCCAACAGAGGAGGCAGGAAAGGGCUGUCCCGACUGCUGGAACCCCAGUUGGUGAAGGUCCGGUCCCGGGUCAAAGUUCACUUCACGGAUGCCUUCUGCGGGGCCUACUUCACCUUCGCCGUGUCUAAAGAAGGCCACGUCUACGGCUUUGGACUGUCCAAUUACCACCAGCUGGGAACAAAGAGCGUGGACACGUGCUUCGCUCCGGAGAAACUGACCUGCUUCAAGAACUCCACCACCUCCUGGGUGGGCCUCUCGGGUGGCCAGCACCACACGCUGUGCCUCGACUCCAACGGCCAGGCAUACAGCCUGGGCCGGGCGGAGUACGGCCGCCUGGGGCUGGGCGCGGGCGCAGAGGAGAAGAGCGAGCCCACCCCGGUGCCGGGCGUCGGGCCCGCCCAGGGAGUGGCAUGCGGUGCCUCCGUCAGCUACGCCGUGACCAAGCAAGGGUCGGUGUACUCCUGGGGCAUGGGCACCAACCUGCAGCUCGGCACGGGGGAGGAGGACGACGAGUGGAGCCCCGUGGAGAUGUCCGGGAAACAGCUGGAGAAGCGUGCAGUGCUGGCCGUGUCCAGCGGGGGGCAGCACACUGUCCUGCUGGUCAGAGAUGAGCAGGAGAGCUGAUGAUCCACCCCUGUAGCCUGUAGUGGUGUGUACCAGCUGUGUUGAGUUCUGUAGUGGGGGGACCUUGGUGUGUACCAGCUGUGUUGAGUUCUGUAGUGGGGGGACCUUGGUGUGUACCAGCUGUGUUGAGUUCUUGCGUGCGGGGUGGUGGGGGGGGGGGGGGGGGGUAGCUGAUGUGACUUACUCCACAGAUCUAAGCCUUGGAGGGAACUGGGUCUUGUUGAGAGCGAGGUUUGAAACUAGCUCCCAGUUACGACAGCUCUCGGCUCUAACAAAAACCCUAAACAUCUUCAGAUGUUGUUCAGUUGAUCAUGAUACACGAGAAAGAAACUAUUUUUUUAAAUCUAGAUUUUUUCUUUUCUUUUUAUUACAAAUCUUUGUGUGUGUGUGUAUGAUUGUAUGUACAUGAGGGAAAGUGAUCAACUAGCUUUUUAAUGAAUGAGUCCACUGUCUUUUAAAGAUUUCCAUAUUCCUCAGAGCAAUAAAAGUUCUGACAAGUUCAGAAGAGCGUUCUGGCAUUAGCCCCACAAACGUUUUUGUCAAUUUUGACCUGAAUCUGCUCCUUGUACCUCUUGCACACUCAUUAGGUUGUACUCGUUCAAAAAUUUACCGCAUACUGUAUCACACUGUUUGCUUAUGUGAAAUUAAAAGUCCAACUUUGUUUA